AUGAGUGAGAACAGUGCGACAGCGGCGCAGUCCGUGCCUCAAAAGUUCUCUCGAUACCGUGGCAUGCGAGGUGUGACAACCGACGAAAUGGCCGCACCUGCGCCUGUGAAUAGCGUCGGCGAGCAGAAUCCCUCGAUUGCCAGGAGCAGGUCUCGAUAUCGUCGCAAUCGGCCAUUGUCAAAUGGAAAUAUCGCACCUCCUACUCCCGCGAUCCCGGGCUACGCGCGACCCCUACCAGAAAAGCAGCGGAAUGAACGAGAAAAUGAACGGGAAGAAUUGCGCAGACGUGAGGCGCACCGACAAGGUGCGAUGGAACAAUUGACUGGGGAUAACUCGCAACACAUUCGGCCUCAGGUGUCCGCCCCGCCAAAACAGAUCGCGCAAACCCGAUCGCAACCUGCCCCGGCGCCCCCGUGCAGUUCCCACUCGGGAAACGAUGGGAAUCGCAAGUCUUUCUUUCAGAAGGUCAAGCUUUCGAGAUCCAAGGACCAUGGCAAGAAAGCCGAGUCCCCCCCAAAAUACAUCGGGGUGGGCGGAACAGGAGUGGUCCCAGGAGUUGAUGCUCCCGUCAGCGCCGUCAACGCCGGAGAGCGACAUGCCCUUGUCAAAUAUGGAGAUGCCACGGCUGAUCUCAAAGUCACCCCGUCAACUCAAGUCCAGGAUAUCUUGCUAGAUGCCACCAAGCACUUAUCUCGGGACAUUGAUGCAGAGAAAUUCAUUCUCAUGGAGUCUUUCUCUCAAGUUGGCCUAGAGCGUCCUCUUCGCCGCUACGAGCAUGUCCGGGAAGUCAUGAACUCCUGGUCUCACGAUGCUGAUAACCAGUUCAUCGUUAUUCCCCCCUCCAGCGCGGAAGCCUUAUCCCAGCUCGAUGCUGGACAUGCCCCCAGCGGGCCUCCAUGUCCAGUGACUGUCCAUAUUUACCAUUCCCAGCGUCGUCGCAAGUGGGAUAAGCGAUAUGUCACCUUGCGCGCCGACGGACAAGUGACAAUAUCAAAAAAAGAGAAUGCCGAGGACCAGACCAAUAUCUGCCAUAUAUCCGACUAUGACAUCUACUUUCCCAGCGCGCGGGCGCUAAACAAGGAUAUCAAGCCGCCUAAGAAGUUAUGCUUCGCAAUUAAGAGCCAGCAGAAGUCAUCCAUGUUUCUGUCCACCGAAAAUUUCUUGCACUUUUUCUCCACCAGCGACAAGUCUAUUGCGGAUACAUGGUAUCGGGCAGUGCAGAAGUGGAGAAGCUGGUACCUUGUCAAUAAGAAGGGAGCAGGCCAGAAAUCAGAGACCGAAACACUCCCGAAGCGAGCUGGGACUCAGAAAUCGACUCAUCAGCCGAGAAAUAUGCACGAGGUCCCACUCCUGCAGAGGGAGAUUUCAACUGAAUCCCCGAGGCGUGAAAGCUCUGACCAGCGGAGGCCGACAACCUCCAGAGACAUCUAUGCCCGGAAGAAGACCCUUCGUGAACACGUGCCCCCUCCAACUUCAUAUCCCCAGCUGACGCUCGACACCGACAUGGAAGGGCCUUUCGCCGACAACCAGGCCUUAGUCUCAGCUGUGUCACCCGAAGAUGUAGAUGCUUCUACUUUUGCACCAUCCGGACUCUUAGGCCGAACUUACACACAGCGACAAAAUGCUAUGCGGGAACGGGAUGAUCGCGAUAAGAGAGCUAAGCAGGAUGCCUUUUCAGGCGGUGGCUUGAUAAGCGGAGGAUCCAUACACAGCCACGACUCAAAUCCCAACAGCCGGACCAACACAAUGACCCGUGCUCCGGAUUCAUCCGCUUUUACUCGAACCCCAUCUCUGAAACAGAAGCCUUUGGUUGAUCUCACCCCAGUCUAUGCCGAGCCACCGCAGCAUAGCCGCAAGGGCAAGGGUCGCGGCGUCAAAGUCCAGCCAGGCAUGCAGCUUAUUGACGGUGCCACUGGCCCAGAUCAAACCCCGGGAGGAAUCGCCAUCCCACCUGCGACUUCGUGGCGACGGCCAGCCGCAGAGACCACACCCCAGCGACGAAACACCACCCGCAGCGUGCGCCAUCACUCAAACAAACACGCGGCCCCGAUUUCUGCUGAAGGAAGCCCGGCACUUCCUGCCUCCCAGUUCACCGCGAACAGCCUGCUGGCACAUUCGGCCAGCACGGCUAGUCAUCGGAAUCCGCGCAGCGGACAUGGUGUCGCAACGGGUGACCGUAAUGCCACACGGCCACUGCUGGAUAUGUCGCCGGAGAACCCCUUUGCAGAUGGUAGUCUGCUUCGGCAGCUAUAG